CCACCACAUAAAGUUCCAAAACUCUAACAUUAAUCUCUCAACUUUAUAUUAUAUUCAAUUCAAUUCAUGCCAUGUAUAUACCAGUGUCUUAGCACACACAUUUUACCACUUCUUUUUUCCUAUGGCUCCUCCUUCUCAUUCCAAGUUCAAGAUCUGAAUCUGAAAUAUUCACGCUCUUCACUUUGAGAUCUCUUACUCAGAAGAUAUGGGAAGCAAAUGGAGAAAAGCCAAGCUCGCUCUUGGUCUUAACAUGUGUUUAUAUGUUCCUGAAUCACUUGAACAACAACAACAACAACAAGACUCCACAACUUCUCCCAGCUCCACUCAACCGGGACUCUCCGACGCCGUUUCACCUUCUUCCCUCCCUCAACCUUCUUCUACGCCUUCCCCUUCGUCUUCUGCCUUCCGCUUGUCCAAGUCCUCCAAGAGGACCUGUGCAAUAUGUCUGACCAACAUCAAACCUGGCCAAGGCCAUGCCAUUUUCACUGCAGAGUGUGCUCACUCUUUCCACUUUCAUUGCAUUACUUCUAAUGUAAAACAUGGGAACCAAAUUUGCCCAGUUUGCAGAGCAAAAUGGAAAGAAGUUCCAUUUCAGAGUCCUGCAUCUGAUCUUCCCCAUGGAAGGUCGAGAAUCAAUCCUGUAGGUUGGUCUCGUGAUGAUGCUUGGAUGAGUAUAUUGCGACAAAUCCCUCCCCCUCAGCUAGAUGUGAGCAGGCAGAUUAAUUCAAUUUAUCAUGCUCCUGAACCUGUUGUCUUCAAUGAUGAUGAAGCUUUGGAUCACCAACACGAGAUUACUGAGAGUAGUAACACGCCAACUACAGAUGCUACUGAAGAUAAUUCUAUUGGAAAAUUAGAGGUCAAAACAUAUCCAGAAGUUUCAGCUGUCCCAAAUGCUGUUUCGCAUAAUAAUUUUAAUAUACUAAUCCAUCUGAAAGCACCUCUUAGUAGUGGAAGACAUAAUAGUUGCAGCAACCAGGUGCCGACAUCUGAAAAUUCCCGUGCUACAGUUGAUCUUGUCACAGUGCUUGAUGUUAGUGGCAGCAUGGCAGGUACCAAGCUUGCUUUGCUAAAAAGAGCAAUGGGAUUUGUGAUUCAGAAUCUUGGCCCCUCUGACCGCCUUUCUGUCAUUGCCUUCUCUUCCACUGCCCGUCGCCUUUUCCCACUCCGUCGGAUGACUGAGACAGGAAGGCAGGAGGCUUUACAAGCUGUUAAUUCUCUAACUUCAAAUGGUGGGACAAAUAUUGCUGAAGGGCUAAAAAAGGGUGCCAAAGUGUUAUUAGAUCGCCAGUGGAAGAACCCAGUAGGUAGUAUCAUACUGUUAUCUGAUGGACAGGAUACAUAUACUGUCAGUAGUCCUGGUGCAGCUCAUUCUCGAACAGAUUACAAGUCUCUUCUUCCUAUUUCAAUCCAUCGCAAUGGUGAUACUGGGACCCAAAUUCCUGUUCAUGCAUUUGGGUUUGGCGCAGACCAUGAUGCUGCCUCAAUGCAUUCAAUCUCUGAGAUUUCUGGGGGCACAUUUUCUUUCAUAGAAGCUGAGGGUGUGAUUCAGGAUGCAUUUGCACAGUGUAUUGGCGGAUUAUUGAGUGUGGUUGUGCAGGAGGUGAAGGUUAAAGUUGAGUGUGUUCAUCCAAGUUUGCAAAUUAGUUCAAUAAAAGCAGGAAGUUACCACAGCAGCUUGACGCCUGAUGGAAAAACAGGUUCUAUUGAUGUGGGAGACUUGUAUGCUGAAGAAGAAAGGGAUUUUCUGGUUACAAUGGACAUUCCAGCUAGUGGUAUUAGAGAAGAUAUGACAUUGCUUAAGGUAAAAUGUGCUUUUAGAGAUCCCAUUACGAAAGAAAUGGUGAUUUCAGAUGAAAUUACUGAUGUAAAGAUCCAGAGGCCGGCAAUCACUGGGCAACUAGUAGUGUCUAUGGAAGUAGACAGGCAAAGAAACCGGCUUCGUGCAGCAGAGGCAAUGGCUGAGGCUAGAGUUGCUGCUGAACAUGGUGAUCUAGCAAAUGCAGUCUCUGUCUUGGAGAGCUGCCGUAGAGCACUGUCUGAAACUGUCUCUGCUCGGGCUCGUGACAGGUUAUGUGUCGCAUUAUGUGCUGAGUUGAAAGAGAUGCAAGAAAGGAUGGCAAAUCGCCGCAUAUAUGAGUCAUCUGGAAGGGCUUAUGUUUUAUCUGGUUUGAGCUCACACUCAUGGCAAAGAGCAACUGCACGUGGUGAUUCCACUGAUAGUACAAGCCUUGUGCAAGCUUACCAAACCCCAUCAAUGGUUGACAUGGUGACGAGGUCUCAAACCAUGAUCUUGGGGACUCCCCCGCCUCAGCGCAAACAACUCCGCCAAGCUCACUCAUUUCCAGCCCGUCCACAGCCGAGGUAAUUGUUCAGAGUUAUCUUGAAAAUUCUCCUCACCCUACAUUCACAUAUUCUAUAUCCAUGGACCUUUUUUGUUUUUGUUAGACUUAUUUGUUUUCCUUUUUGUGGUUUUGGGAAGUGGGGGUAUAAAUUGAAGAGAGAGAGGUUGGAUGGUUUCACAUGGGUAUAUUUCCUUGUUUUGUAAUGUAAAUGAAUAAGAAUUGGGCAAUAGGUGAGAUAUGGGGUUUGGGGGGAAAAUGGUGAAAAGGAAAAAGUGGGAGUUUUUUUAUAUUUUGGUUAUGAGGUGAUGUACAUAUCCAGAAAUGGUGUUUUGCAUUUCCUGAGAAGAGGGGGUAUAAAAAUGUAAUUGUGGGGAUACUUGGGGUGAAUUCUUCAACUAAAUAUAAGAUAUGGUAUAUCUGCUCUUGAUUCUUUUGACAAAUUGUUCUUAUUGUUUAGAAGUUUAUUAGUUACGAUCAAUCUAGAUUGAGAAAGAGGGCAUUUUAAGCAGAGCAACAACUUAGCAGAGCCUUAGUCUUUACGGUUUGGUGAAUUUUGUGCGAAAGUGAUAUAUUUUAUAAAAAAUUCAAUUUUGUGGCCAA